GCUCGCCGCUGCUGUUAUACCUCAGCUUAGCUACCACAAUAACCACCCGCCCCAUCACUCUAGUCCACUAUGCAAAUCUUCGUUAAGACCCUCACCGGAAAGACCAUCACUCUCGAGGUCGAAUCCUCUGACACUAUCGACAACGUCAAGGCAAAGAUCCAAGAUAAGGAGGGCAUUCCUCCCGACCAACAGCGACUCAUCUUUGCCGGAAAGCAGCUCGAAGACGGUCGUACUCUUUCCGAUUACAACAUCCAGAAGGAGUCCACCCUUCAUCUCGUCUUGCGUCUGCGUGGAGGAAUGCAGAUCUUCGUCAAGACUUUGACUGGCAAGACCAUCACGCUCGAGGUCGAAUCUUCCGAUACCAUCGACAACGUCAAGGCGAAGAUCCAGGACAAGGAAGGCAUCCCUCCUGAUCAGCAACGACUCAUCUUCGCCGGCAAGCAGCUGGAGGACGGUCGCACUUUGUCCGAUUACAACAUUCAGAAGGAAUCUACUCUUCACCUUGUCCUUCGUCUCCGUGGCGGUAUGCAAAUCUUCGUCAAGACGUUGACCGGAAAGACCAUCACCCUUGAGGUGGAGUCUUCUGACACCAUCGAUAACGUCAAGGCUAAGAUUCAAGACAAGGAAGGUAUUCCUCCUGAUCAGCAGCGUCUCAUCUUCGCCGGGAAGCAGUUGGAAGAUGGGCGUACACUCUCUGAUUACAACAUUCAGAAGGAGUCCACCCUCCAUCUGGUUCUUCGUCUGCGUGGUGGAAUGCAGAUCUUCGUUAAGACAUUAACGGGGAAGACCAUCACGUUGGAGGUUGAAUCAUCGGAUACCAUUGACAACGUGAAGGCCAAGAUUCAGGACAAGGAGGAUGGCCGAACCCUUUCUGACUACAACAUUCAGAAGGAAUCGACGCUUCACCUUGUCCUUCGUCUCCGUGGUGGUAUGCAAAUCUUCGUCAAGACGCUCACCGGCAAGACAAUCACGCUUGAGGUUGAGUCGUCCGAUACCAUCGACAACGUGAAGGCCAAGAUUCAGGGACAAGGAAGGUAUUCCUCCCGACCAGCAGCGACUUAUAUUCGCCUGGCAAACAGCUGGAAGACGGUCGUACGUUGUCGGAUUAUAAUAUCCAGAAGGAGAGUACCCUUCACUUGGUCCUUCGUCUUCGUGGUGGCAACUGAUUCAGUUGAAGAGGUCGAUGUAGAUUCAUAGCGCAUGUCUGUACAACUUAUAUACAAUAAUCACGUCUAUCACAUGGAGCUUCAUUAUCGUUGAGAUUGAUUAAUGUC